AUGGACGGCAAACUAGAAGAUAUGGAGCAAACUUCGGACAAACUCGCUAGCCAGAUAAAUGUCACUCUCUCACUCACUCACCAGCUUCCCUCAGAGCUCGUCGCCGAUAUUUUCGAGCUAGCGAUCAACGAGAGCGGCCAGCGAGCGCUCGGGGUAGUAAAGUCCGUGAUCUUCAAGUUCGGCCAAGUCUGUGGUCGCUGGCGGUCCAUCCUUCACGCAACGCCUGCGCUAUGGACUUCGCUCGUCCUCGACUUCACCAAUCGCAAGAGCAUCCCAUGGACGAUCUUCACAGACGAAGUUGUCUCCUAGUUGCGCCUCUGGAUCGAGCGAUCCGGCGCCCUCUCGGUGUCUCUAACUUUAAUUGAAGGAGACGAGUCCAGUGAUCAUGGCUAUAUCCCCAAUCAACAUUGGCAUCGAAUUGUUUAUGUGCUUCGGCUGCACAGCGACAAGUGGAAGAGUAUGUCGUUGGCGGUUCAUGAAGAGACCCUCGACCGGCUCCGUGGCACGCAUUUCGGCUUACUCAAUAUCACCUUUCCUUCUAUGAAGCACUUCUCUGUGGCUCUCAUCUCCGUCUUUCCCAACGCCUCCCAUCAUGACCAACCUCUUGCGCUCGCGCCCCAGCUCACUUCUUUCUCAAUCGACAUGGACCAGUUAGACAUGUCGCAUCUUCCGGAGUCGGGAUGGGCUCAGCUCACCGACUUAUCGUUGAU